GCACCGUGCCAGCUGUGGCAUCGGGACGAGGACGCUCCCUGGAGAGCGGGCAGAAAAGCCGUCUCCAACCACCCUCUGCCUUGCUCUGCCCCAGGCCUGUCUGCAGGGCCUUGCUGUCAGCGGAGACAGGCAGCUGGGAGAGGCCUGGAGCCAUCCACACGGGCCGCGGGCGUGUGCUCACCUCAGAGGAGCACCGUGGGGACAUCGCCUCCCACCCAGCCUCCUGGACACUGACCACUGAUCAAGCCCUGGCCGCAUGGACAUGGGUGCCCCAGGUCCCAGGCCAGCUCUCAGCCACUCGCCUGACUGCUGUCUCCUCAGCCAUGUCCCCAGGAUGGCUGGCUCUCGCCCUCCUGAGUGUGCUGGACCAGUGGACCCAGGCCUUCCACCCCCGGCUGGUCAAGUGUUUUGAGGACCCCCAGUAUGAAGAGCUGAUGCAGCUGGCUCAGGAGGGCCUGAGGCUCACGUCGAACACCCAAAAGGUGGUGGUCAUUGGAGCAGGCAUGGCUGGGCUCACCGUGGCCAAGACCCUGCAAGAUGCUGGCCACCAGGUGACUGUGCUGGAGGCCACAGGGCGUGUAGGUGGCAGAAUAGAGACCCACCGGGUUCCUGGAGCGGAUUGGUACAUAGAGCUGGGCGCCAUGAGGAUCCCUGUGAACCACAGGCUGUCUCGCGAGUUCAUCCGGAAGUCCAGGUUGACCCUCAGGGACUUCUGCCCCUCGAACAACCAGACCUGGGUGCUGGUGAACAGAGUACGGCAGCGCCUGGGGGCCGUGCAGGCCAACCCCGACCUGCUGGGCUACAAGGUCAGACCCAGCGAGGCCGGGAAGACAGCCGAACAGCUCUUUGAGGAGUCACUGCGGAAGGUCGAGGAAGAGCUGAAGAGCAGCAGCUGCCGCCAGGUGCUGGAGAAAUACGACUCCUUCUCCACCAAGGAGUACCUGAUCAAGGUGGGGAACCUGAGCCGCGGCGCCGUGCAGAUGAUCGGGGAUGUGCUGAACGCGGACUCCGGCUACUACGAGGCCUUCAUGGAGACGCUGCGCGGCUUCAUCUUCUUCCACGAGCCCCAGUUCCAUGAGAUCAUCGGGGGCUUCGACCAGCUGCCCCAGGCCCUGCACGCCGCCCUCCAGCCGGGCACGGUGCGGCUCCACUCGCCUGCACUGGAGGUGCAGACGUCCAGAGAUGGCGUCCGGGUCACCUACCGCACGCCCGACCCCUUGAGGCCCCGGGCUCACCUUACUGCCGACUUCGUGGUGGUGGCCACCACUGCCAAGGCCGCCCGGCUCCUCCGUUUCCGGCCACCCCUGUCCCUCAGCAAGGAGGACGCGCUGCGCUUGGUCCACUAUAACAGCGCCACCAAGGUGAUCCUGGCCUGCACCCAGCGCUUCUGGGAGCGGGACGGCAUCCGCAGCGGCAAGUCCGUCACCGACCGGCCCUCCCGCUUCAUCUACUACCCCAACCACGCCUUCCCCAACGGCGUGGGCGUCAUCCUGGCCUCCUACACCCUGGACGACGACGCCAGGUUCUUCUCCGCCAUGGACCACGCGCGGGUGGUAGAUAUCGUCUUGGAGGACCUGGCUGCGGUCCAUGACCGCCUCAAGGAGGAGCUCCGGGCCCUGUGCCCCUAUUCCUUUGUCAAAAACUGGAGCCACGACCCCUACUCCAUGGGUGGCUUUGCCUUCUUCACCCCCUACCAAUAUGUGGACUACGCCAAGGAGCUCAGCCAGCCGGAGGGGCGGAUCCACUUCGCAGGCGAGCACACGGCCCUGCCCCACGGCUGGAUCGACACAGCCAUCAAGUCUGGGCUCAGGACAGCCCAGAGCAUCCACGCAGCUGCAGACCUGGCCGGGAAAGGAGGCCCUAGGCCCGCCAAAGAUCCCUCCUCCAAAAACGAGCUAUAGCCAGCUCAACCCAGCAGCGUGAUCCAGUCACCUGGGUUCACCAGGAAAGGUCUCCGAACUCACCCUCUCACUUCAUCUCCACCUCUGCUCAAGGAUGCCAGACCAGAGGUGCCACCUGAGGCCAGAGGAUGGCGUCUCUGAGCACUUAACCACCUGUGCCUUGACAAUAUCUCAACCACAAGAACAUGUGAUGUGGUCAUUAAAACAGUAAAGCAUUUGUUGAGUUUAA